GAUGGUAUCGCAGAGUUGGCACUUAAUUACAGUUUUCCCUGCAUUGUGCAUUGUUGCUUCACAGAUGUUAGUUUUGCUCCUCAGCUGCACGGUGAGGUCUUGCAAAACUUGUGUGAUGGUCAGAGUGAUUGGGAGCCCGCAGUCCCUGAGCAAGAACUUCUUGCUGGUUGAUUUUCCCUGGAUGAGGGGGUGUGCGUACCUCAGAAGUUCCCUGUGUGCUUUGAAAACGUCCAACUCUCAAACCGUAGGGUCAGUCUCCACACCUGUGUUUUUUGAAGAAGAAAGACUUUAUAUUAACUGCAACAGGAACUAAACUCAGGGCGGCCCCACAAAACCAGAAUAAAGCCGGCUCAACAUGCUCUCCCUUGAAGGCUACAAAGCCUGAAAGCUGAGGCCUGGCGCCCCUUCUGGAAAGCGGGGUGGGCGCUGGUUGGCUCGCCCCUUUUGCCCAGGCUCACUUUUCCUCCAGUUGCGGUGACAUGCUCCCAUCUAAACCUUGCUCUUCUCCCUGGAAUUAAUCACCGCUCAGUCUCCCUGCCUAACAGGUCAGAGCAGGAUGUCAUUACUCACAGCGCACUCGGUUACGGCAUCGCUCCUCCGUCUCUAAGGUCCCUCGUUGGGGAGUUGAAGGGCGGGUGUUGAAGUCUGGAUGGAGGGUUUCAUUUGAGUUUCUCAUAGUCUCACCUCUCGCAAGUGUCACUGACUUUGACCCAACUUCAGGUCUUCUGUUUCGCAGUCUUGGGGCCCACUCCCCAAGGGACUGCAACAGCUACUCAUUACAUGUUUGAAUUUUUAUACGGUAGUAAAAUGGAAAGGGCCAACUCUUGUGAACAGAACGGUUUUACAAGAAGAACAUGCCUGCAGUAAAUAGGAGAGAAUGAUCCUGGACCCCCAGCACGGCCCCUGGGUCGGAGGUGUAGGCACUGAAGCAGAGGUGAUACUGCUGGUCUACAAUGAAAUUUAUCCAGUAUGGACUUACUCUUAUCUGGUGCUGCUGUUUCCUGUGUUCCUUGCCACAGACUACCUCCGUUACAAACCCGUCAUUCUGCUGCAAGGGCUCAGCCUUAUCGUCACAUGGUUCAUGCUGCUCUAUGCCCAGGGACUGCUGGCCAUUCAGUUCUUGGAAUUCUUCUAUGGCAUCGCCACAGCCACUGAAAUCGCCUAUUACUCUUACAUCUACAGUGUGGUAGACCUGAGCAGGUACCAGAAAGUCACAAGUUACAGUCGAACUGCCACCCUGGUGGGCUUCACAGUGGGCUCUGUCCUAGGGCAAAUCCUCGUCUCAGUGGCAGGCUGGUCUCUGUUCAGCCUGAAUGUCAUCUCUCUUACCUGUGUUUCUGUGGCUUUUGCCGUGGCCUGGUUUCUGCCUAUGCCACAGAAGAGCCUUUUUUUCCACCAUGUUCAUUCUACCUGCAAGGGAGUGAAUGGUAUCAAGAUACAAAAUGGUGGUAUUGUGACUGACACCUCAGCUUCUAACCACCUUCCCGGGUGGGAGGAUGUUGAGUCAAAAAUCCCUCUAAAUGUGGAGGAGCCUCCCAUGGAGGAACCGGAGCCCCAGCCAGACCGGCUCCUUGUGCUGAAGGUCCUGUGGAACGACUUCUUGAUGUGCUACUCCUCCCGCCCGCUGCUCUGCUGGUCGGUGUGGUGGGCCCUCUCCACCUGUGGCUAUUUUCAAGUGAUCAACUACACACAGGGCCUGUGGGAGCAGGUGAUGCCUUCUCGCAAUGCUGCUAUCUAUAACGGAGGCGUGGAGGCCGUUUCCACCUUACUGGGUGCUGUCGCCGUUUUUGCAGUUGGUUACAUAAAAAUAUCCUGGUCCACUUGGGGAGAAAUGACACUGUCGCUGUGUUCUCUCCUGAUUGCGGCCGCAGUGUACAUCAUGGACACCGUGGGUAACAUUUGGGUGUGCUACGCGUCCUAUGUUGUCUUCAGAAUCAUCUACAUGUUACUCAUCACUAUAGCAACUUUUCAGAUUGCAGCAAACCUCAGUAUGGAGCGCUAUGCCCUAGUGUUCGGUGUCAACACCUUCAUUGCUCUGGCCCUGCAGACGCUGCUCACGCUCAUUGUAGUCGAUGCCAGUGGCCUUGGCUUAGAAAUCACAACUCAGUUCCUGAUCUACGCAGGUUAUUUUGCACUCAUCGCUGUGGUUUUCCUGGCUAAUGGUAUAGUCACGAUUAUGAAGAAAUAUACAAAGCAGGAAGAUCCAGAGUCAAGUUCUCAAGUAACCACUUCAUAAUAUACUACUGACAAGCUUCUUAUAGCAAGAACUCCGCACAGCCACAGUCCCUGGAUGUAUUUAAUUUGUUAAGGUGUAGAACAUAUAUUUAUGAAUGUGCAUUUCAUGGCUUCAAAGCAGCCAAUUGACUAUACCUGUGUUUCUGGCGUAACAUGAUCAUGUUCAGAGGAACAGAAGGAAAGUUUGUUUAUUUAAGGAUGACUUUUUUCUGAUUCAAAAGUGAACUUGAUUUUGAAAACCAAAUCAUCGUGAGCAGUCAAGCAGCACAUGGUGUUGUAUACUUGAUAGCAAGUGAGCUGGAUGUCUCAUAGGUCAAGUACUCCUACAGCUGAUGAGACAGAAGCUUGAGACCAAGGUCUCACAGGGGCACCGAUGUUACAGGUCAAAAUAGGAAUAUGUUGUAACAGCACCUGUCUCUGUACAACUUAAUUCUUAUUUUGUGUUACUCAUGUGCACUUGUGUUUCUACAGAUGAAAGUUGUCCUAUCACAGGCAAUAUUUGCUCUGGUUUGGUGUCCUGUCCUAUAAGGAGUAUGUGUUAUUUCUAAUAAGUUAUGUUUAAGAAUUCAUUGUAUGAAUGUUCCCAUCUUGCGAAUUAUGUAUUUGUGUGGAUUUUUGUUUGAAGUAUAUGUUUGCGUUAUUCUAUGCUUCCCAGAGAAGCUCAUUUAGUUAGAAAAUAAGGCAAGUUUUGAAGCCUGCUAAUAAGCAGUGAAGAGACCUAAUCAGAAAAUGUAGGUAGAUUUCCUCGUCUUUUAUUCCUCAGUGGGAAGGACUGUUAAUUCCAUGAUGAAAAGUUAAAAUAUGGGCUAAAGACACAACUAGCACGGUAAGCGCCCAGCCUGUUUUGUCUUCCGGGCGGAAAGUAUAGUGUCAGUCACCAGUGACUGACAUGGCGCUUACUGUGCGAGCCCACUCUGUAUUUGCAUUCCCUUUUAUUUCCAAAAUAAAAUGACACAGUCUUUUUCAAAUAACUUCACCUCCAUUUAUAACUUUUAUAUUUGUCCUUCUUAUCCAAGAUAAGGUUGUCAUUAGGAGUUGGAUUCCAAGGCCUUUUCCACAAACUGAGCCUCUUUUCAUUGAUUUUAAUGGGACAGGAACCAGGAUAGAUACGAUUCCUGCACUUUGUACAUUAAAUCUGCCUUUGCUCUAAAGGUGGGUCAUCUUUAAUAUUUGCUUAAAAUAACAACUGCUAGUGAUUCCAGUUCCAAGGUACUUGAAAAAAAAUAUUCUGUAUACAUUUAUACAUUAACAAAUCAGCCUGCCUACCAAGUGGCUGCUGGAAUAUGUGAGACGUGAAGAGGACUUUAAAGCCAACUUUGUUGCCUUAUCUUGAAAAGAACCUUGGUAGCUGCUUUCAUCUGGGGGUGUUAAUAUUUUUCGAGUGACACAGCUAAACUGAAUAAUAGUGUCAAGAUUGCAAAAUUGACAGAUAUAUUUGGUUUAAGCAGGAACUCUAAAAGUAAGUGAAUAGAAUAAGAAUAGGUCAUUUUCCAUUCAACAUCUUUUUGGAUAGAGGGAAAGGAAAAGAACACUAGCUAUGGAAGGGAAGAGGACAUGAUGUCUUAAAGUAACAGCCUGUAAUUUUAUAUUUUAUCUUUUAUUUUGCUACAUAGGGAAUUGUUUACUCAGAAACAAAUAGUAGAGUGGUAC